CUCAGCGCGCGGACCAGCUGCAGCUUUUUCCUCCUUAAAAUGGCUGAAAAAUAAAAAAUAAUAAAGAAAAUAAAGAGAAACGCGAAGCUCUGCUGUUGCUGCUGUCGGAGUCCGUCAGGUUCUAUCAGGUUCUAUCAGGUUCUGUCAGGUUCUGCUGAAUUCUCCUGAGAGCUGAACUUUCCAAUGAACUGCACCAGGGUUCUCCACAUGCUAAACCCUCGGCCCGGGGGUCCAUCUCCAAUCAUGCCCGUGGACAUGGCUAUGAGGAUCUGCCUUGCCAGCUCGCCUCCUCUGCGCUCCUUCCUCAGUACCUACGACAGCCGCCGCUCCUCACCGGCCACCAUCCUGCGACCCUGCCUGACCUCCGGGAGCUGCGGGGACACCGGGCGCUGCGGGGACACCAUCGGGACUGGCAUCACCACGGCGAGCCCGGUGUCACCGUCGUCGCUGGCAGAUCUCUGCGGCGGCAGCCCAGCCUGGCUGAGGAGGAAGAAGAAGAAGAACGUGGUCUUCGCAGACUCUCGAGGUCUGGCGCUCGCCGCCGUGCACGUCUUCAACGAGGCGGAGGAGGAGGCGCUGAGCGAGCUGCAGUUCCACCUGACGGAGAUGGAGGGCGCCGCAGCCGGACUGCGUCUGGCAGACCGCGAAGACGCUGCAGAUUCUAGUCCAGGUCUGGUUCUGGACUUCACCCAGCCGGCUGCAGACUACCUGGACCUGAGGAACCGGAUCAAAACCCAGCAGGUUUGUCUCGAGACGUGUUCCAUCCAGGAGCGUCUGCUGUCCGGCACCGUUCAGGUCCGAAACCUCUGCUUCGACAAGUCCGUGUCGGUGCGGAUCACCUUUGAUACGUGGCGCUCCUUCCGGGACGUCCCGUGUCAGUACCUGAACAACGUGUACGGCUGCCCCGACACCGACACCUUCUCCUUCUCCGUCUCGAUACUGGAGGACCUCGAGACCUCUGAGAGAGUGGAGUUCUGCAUUCAGUACCGGACUCCGGACCAGACCUACUGGGACAACAACAACGGAACCAACUAUGGGCUGGUGGACCCGAACCGCAGCCGGACCCAGAGCGAUGCGAGUCCGGCCCGGCUGGAUAUCCAGGGAGACCGAUGCAAAGAAAAGAGGAUGGAGUUUGAUCCGUUCGGGAGUCCCCGGACAUCAGCGGGGAUCUUCCCAGAGUGGCAGAGCUGGGGCCGCGUGGAGACCGGCGCCCCCUACUGGUGAGCACGCCACAGGACCCGUUUUUAUGAUGCACCUACUGACAUUUUGUUCCCAAGAGAUUCACAAAACCUUCACACAAGCACUGACCUGGAGGAGAUCCAGGUGUUCAUAGGAUCCACUACGGAUCGUUGCUUCACUCGAGCCACUUUAGCUGCACAAACUUUAUUUAAUUAUUAAAGACGUAGAGGAAGGACUCAGGUACUCACAAUGUUUCGCCCCAAUAGACGUCUAAAUCUGGCACACCUGGGCUCUCCCGAGUCCUGCUGCACUCCCAGGGCCAGGCCACUCCACAUGUGGUCCUCCUGAGCCGACACCCUGCAGGAUCCCUGCUGACCGUCUGGGAAACCUUAAAAAUGUUACAAUGGGAGUUGGUGCUCACCUGAAGCAUCUCAAUAAUUUACCACAUUUAAAUAUGCAACUUGGACAAUAAACGGAGAAGCUGAAAGAUUUACAGGAGAACCAGCAUUCACCAGGGCUGAAAGCUUCCAAAAGACCUGAGACCAGCUGACCUGUAGCCACAAGGUGUUCAAGGCCCACGAGGCGUUCAGGGCCAAUGAGGUGUUCAGGGCCUUCAAGUGUUUUAAAAAAACUCCUCAAGGCUUCAGUAGCAUUUCUAAAACAUUAAAGUAUUCAGCUUCAUUUUUCAGCAGCUUUAACAGGAGUUUUAUUUUUAUAUAAAGAAUCUAAAGGAUGAAUUCUCAGUUCAGGCACCGGUCCAGUCUGACACCAGGAUCACUGACUGGAGGAGGAUUCGUAUGGAUUCUGGUCCCAGGAUGUGACCUGUUAAUCAGCUGUUUCCCCUCAAUCCUGAUUUCUUUUCCACUGUGAAAACUGAUUAAUUAUUUAUAUUAAAAACCUCGAAGUCCAAGUUCUGAACCAGCAGCAGGGCUUCGAGUCCUGAACCAGCGGCAGGGCUUCAAGUCCUAAACAAGCAGCAGGUCAUCUAGUCCAGAACCAGCAGCAGGUCUUCAAGUCCUGAACCAGCAGCAAGUCAUCUAGUCCAGAACCAGCAGCAGGUAUUCAGGUCCUGAACCAGCAGCAGGGUUCAGGUCCUGAACCAGCAGCAGGUCUUCAGGUCCUGAACCAGCAGCUGGUUUUCAGUCUGAAACUAUGUGUUCUAAACACUUUAUUCUUGUGUUUCACUGUUAAACCUUUAUGCCUUCAGCCUCAGCUGUCCGGACCUCCCGUGCUCUGCAGAGAUGGAUUUCAGGGUCAGGGUCCAGUGGCCUAAAACUGAGAUCUGUAGUUUUGUCCCUUUGUCUGAUGACUUCAAGCAUAGACAAUUUUUUGCCCCUAAAGACCUCGACUUCAGAACAAGCUGAUGAAGUUAAAACGAUGCAACAGUAAACCUGUUCCUGUUAGACACCUGCACUUUAGUCUCUAACUCUGACUCUGAGCUGUGACUCUGAGCUUGCACUUGUUUUUAAAUGUCUCUUUUUUUGUAGAAUGGACUCGGACUUGUCGUAGACUAUGAUCUGAUGUCUUUUCGUCUCACUUGGACUUGGUCCUGGUGGUUCUGGUGGUUCUGGUGUCCUGACCUGUCCCCCUUUCUGACAGAUGAGUCACAGAGAGUGAUCAGGAACAGCGAGUGUCUGUGAACACAGCAUGACCCUGAAACAUAUUAUAACAGAUAUAAUUAUAAAUUAUGAAUAAAUAAUAUUUAUUACUGUCAGCACUGUGAUGGUCUUCACCUGUCCAGGUGACUUCGCCUCUCUCCCAGCUGGGACCUGCUGGCGGCCCCAGAAGGAGAAGCGGUUAGGGAGAAUGGAUGGAUAUAUUAUAUUAUAUUAUAUUAUAUUAAAGUAUAUAUUAUUAUUAUAAUCCAGCUAAGUGAAGCUCCAGUUUUAUUCUCGGCUGGUUCCUCAGUGAGCUUUAGUUUCUCAGAGGAUAAACAAGCUUCUAUUGGACUCGGCCACGGUCACAUUCUCGUUGGUCGACAGCAGAGUGAUGUCACAGCUCUGCUCUGAUUGGCAGCCAAUGAGCUGACAUGAGCGUUCAUCUGAAACAGAUGGUUAUAUUUCUUGAUGUCUGUGAACGCAGCAUGGAGACGAUUUAUUUGUUUUAUUCCCAUUAAACACGUUGUCAUGGUGACUGCUGUAGUCCCGUUGUCAUGUUAACUACUGUAGACAGAGGGUAACCUGCACUUCCUGUUAGCUCCUGUAGCUUUUCAGAUUAAAAGCCUUUAAUUCCAGUGCUCUUACCUGAGUGAGUGUAUGUGUGUGUGUAUGCGUGUGUGUGUGUGUGUGUGUGUGUGUGUGUGUGUCAGGAAGUCUUGAAGGGGAAUGUAAAGUUUCAGAGUAAAGUGGCGCCCGGCGGCGGCGUGCUGCGUUCAGGUUCCUUUCAGAUUUAUUUUAAACGGAAACAUUUGGCACCGUGUGAUGAUGUCAUCCUGAGUUUUUAUUUAUAAUAUAAAAUGCUGUUUUUAUUCAUGUUUAAUUUAAAAGGAACAGAAGAAAUAAAUUAGAGAUAAAAUCUGUUUUCUUUAUUCCGACACGACCUGAACGCAGCAUGUAACCGCUGUUAGCUCGCGUGCUAACGGACGCUACAUGGUGUUUAAGUUGGAGAUGUAACAAUGAUGUCAUACUGUCCUGAUGGAGGAGGAAGUGAUGUAACGAUGAUGUCAUACUGUCCUGAUGGAGGAGGAAGUGAUGUAACUAUGAUGUCAUACUGUCCUGAUGGAGGAAGAAGUGAUGUAACGAUGAUGUUAUACUGUCCUGAUGGAGGAGGAAGUGAUGUAACGAUGAUGUCAUACUGUCCUGAUGGAGGAGGAAGUGAGGUCAGCAUGGAGUGAUUGACUGUCCUAUUAUGUGUCCCUUGAGAAUAAAUGUCUGUUCAUAAUGUUUUUAAUGUUUGUGAUUAUUACGUCAUCAGAAGAGACUUUCAAAAUAAAAUCUGAGAUCCUUAA